AUGCCGGUAGCCCGAACACGGGCGAGAAGCCUGAGCCCAGUCGGCUCGAUCGCCUCACAGAUCUCAAUAUCAACAACCCAGCAAAUUGGGCGAAGAAGCCUCACCAGCACUCAAUCCGAUCAUCCCUCCCAAAUUCCCGAUCGGCCAAGCCCAUCUCGGGAUGGAUCUAUCGAGAAGAAGCCGGAGGAGGCCCCUAUUCGAUUGAAAGGAUCACUAAAAGCUCCCCGACCUACAAUAGAACCUUACACUCUACACAUCCCAAUCGCUGAGGGCCCACAAAGAAAAAGCAUUACUUGGAGCAGAAGCAGUAGAUGUUACCUUUAUCCAUCUGGCCGCCGGCGAUCCUCACUGACGAAACGUCUAAUGCGCCACAAAACCUGCCCAUUCCUUCUUAUUUGCUGUCUAUUACCCACAGUCCUAAUUGGCGCGCUAUUCUUUGUACUACUUCCUUUCGGACGGGCAGAUGAUACCGAUGACAAUAAAUUUGAUUAUUAUAUGCAUUGUGAAAGGUCGAAUUUUAUUCAUCUGACGCCCGAUAAGGACUAUGUCUUCUGUGAUUCAUCAUUUCUUCCGGUCAUUGUCCAA